UUUUCCAAAUAUUCUUAUUGCUUUUGAAAUCUGCUUUGGAUCCAUCCCAACUAAGCCUCGCCAGUCGUUGUCCACUUUCAGAUCCAUCAUCCUCUCCAGAUAAAAUUCAUAAAUUACAAUUCGAAAACCUAAAAAAAUCCAGUCAAGUUGUCUAAAUUUAAACUCAAGUGAGCGUAACAAAACUUUCAGUUGUGUUUUACGAAUCGUCAACGAACGACUAUGUUCUAAGACCUUAGAAAAUGUUCAGUUUCUUCCGCCGAUCCAAGAAAGAAUCCGAUCGAAAGUACAAAGACGCAGACGCAUCUCCUACAUUAGAUAUGUGUAAAAAUAAUAAAGUCGAGGAUAUCGUCGUGCCCACGACGUCGGAAAUCGGGUUACGUGAAAUUCCAACGAAUGCAGUGAUUAGUGACGAAAAAAACGACUCGAACGAAACCAUGUGCGAAAACACUGCUCCCAUUUCUUACGCUCAUGUUGUGAAAAAACCAGAAAGGGAAUGGCGAGGAGUGUGUGUGAAGCCUUGUGGUCACGGGACCACAGCUAUAAGCCCAAGUGUGCCCAUUUUGGUCGGCAAAAGGGACACCAACACUCCCCCAUCAAGCCCAAAACUCGACCUGAAGAAAACCACCAAAGUGGAACAGCAAAACUCCAGUGAUAAAAGCCCAACGGAAAGUUCAGCAAAUAGUCCUUUAGUGAAUGGAAACGAUAGUGAGAAGAAAAAUCUAAUAAACCAAGAAGCUAAAUUUCAAAGUCAACUCAACGAUUUAUCCAAACAACUGUCGAUCCGAGAUGCAGAAGCAACUAAACUCCGUUUCCAGAUGGAAGAACUCCAGAGAGAUGUUUUUGCCAAAUCUGCCGGAAUGGAUCGAUUGGAAACCGAAUUGCAAGCUGCCCACAAGGAAUGUGAGCUUUUGCGUCAAAGAAUCCGUUAUCUCGAAACUGAUCUUGAUAGUUACAAAAAAAGAAACAAUGAAUUGGUGACUGAAUUGACUGAAAAAUCUGAACAUAUUACAAAAUAUGAGAAUGAGACUAAAGCAAAAAUCGAGGAACUUGAAGUUACAAUUAAGGAACUCGAAGUAAAAAUCACCACUUUAGAAAAUGAAUUAGAAACAUUGAAAAAGGAAAAACAGCAGUUAGAAGAGCAACGAACAGUUAUUCUUGCUGAACGGGACGCCGAGAAACAAAAAGUUGAAGACAUCCUCGAACAAGCAACAGUCCAAAAACAAGAAAUUGAGAAGAAAUGGAAGCAAGACUUUGAGAAGUUACGCACAAUCAACAUCAUGAAAGAACAACAACUCCUCGACGAUUUCGAAUGGAAACUUCGUGAAGUUCAACAAACUUGUAAAAAACGUCUUGAUGAUAAAGAUAAAAGUAUAGAAGAACGAGUCCAACAGGCAUACAAGGAAGCAGAACGUAAAAUGCAGGAAGCUGAAAAAAUGAUGCAACAAGUUGAAGCAAUGAAAUCGUAUGAAAUUGAAAUUGAGAAACUGAGAGGACUAACGGAGGACCAAGAAAAUGCGAUUAAGGAAAUGAUGGAGCAACAGGAACAAAUGAAACAAGCAGAAAAUAAUUUGAAAAAUGAGACGAAAAGACUUAGGAAUUUGAUUGAGUUAGAGAAGGAGAAUAUUCAACACAUCCAGUUGAAACAUCAUCAAGAGAUUUUAGAUAAAGAGAGGGUUUUGCAGCAAACUUUGCACCAAAAGCGUACUGAAAUUGCCAUGUACUGGGAGGAGAGACUUUUAAGAGAAUGUGGCAGAUUAAAAUCUGAACUAGAACAAAUCCACAAUGAGGAAAAACAUUACGCAAUGGAGACCAUCAGAAAGGAUAAAGAUGAAGAGUUUCAAAAAGCACAAGCAGAGUGGGAUAAGAAAUUAAAAGAGUGUCUGAAAGAGAUUUCUAACUUAAAACGAGCUCUAGUCCAAAAAGACGAGUUUUACAGACAAGAGAUGAUUCGAACUCAGACAAACACGGAUCGUGAUAUUAUGGAAUUGAGACGUUUGAUGGACAAAAUCGACAUGAGUCAUCACGACCGUUUCGAAAAACUGGUCCAAGAGCAUGAAGUCGAGUUAGAACGUGUGAGUGAAGAAACUGAACAAAAAAUCAAAGAAAUUGAAGACUGUUGGCAGAAUAAAGUCACUGCACUUAGUAACACUUUGGAGUUGGUUAAGGAGCAGAUGGAGAAGGAGUCGCAACAGAAAAUUGAGUCGUUAAUCGAGCAACAUCGAUCCGAAUUAGACUCUCAGUGGGAGAAUCUAAUUAGUCAAAAAAGCGAGGCUGUGAAAUUAGUUGAAGAUGAAUACGUGAUGAAAUACAAGACUUUGGAAGAACAAUUUACAACACAACAGAAAUCUCACGAAGCGAGAGAAGUUGAAUUACUUAAGGCUAUUGAUAGUUUGAAAAACGAAUUAGGAAGUAAAGAAUCAGCUCUAGAUGAUUUACAAAGUAAUGUAGAUACGUUAGAAGGUGGUAUUCAAGUAUUAAAUAAUGAAAUAGCACAACAAAACGAUCAAAUCAUUAAAACGAAGAAAGAAUCGGAUCAAAAAAUAAGAGGUCUUCAAGAAACCAUCUCCAAACUUCACGAACAACAAGAGAAAGAACGCGAAGCAUACAGACUCAAAUUUAUGGCAAACCAAAAGCAAGCACAAGAAACUAUUGACCAUUUACAAAGAAAAUGCCAAUGUCUCACGAAAUUGUUCGAGGAAGUUAGACUUCGUUACGAAAGACGGGAAUCUCGCCAAGAAGAUUUGAACAUAAUCUCUGAUUUACGACAAGUUAUCGCUGAACAGGAGAAGGAUUUAGCUUGUCUAAACGAAGAAAAACGGUAUUUUCAAAUGCGUUUAAUCAGCUUGGAAAAACAAUUAGAAGAGAAUGGAUCGGGCGAUGAAGACGCAUUUCAAGAUGCUGAACAAUCCAAAAAUGAACCCCCGAGUUACCCACCCCCGGCUUACCCCAGUUUUCCACCACCGCCACCGUUUUCUAUACCGCCAACAAUACCAGAAUGUGAUGAAUGAUUUCGUACGUUGCUAAUUUUUAAUUAUUUGUAUCAUAACUCAUUGUAUAUAAAACGCAAAAAGAAAUAAAAAAAAUGUCAACUGAAA